AUGAGAGUUCAACAGUUUUUUUUGGUACUUUUUGUUUUUCUGAUGAGUCUCCUCCUUAUCAACGGACAGAGACCAGCUAACUUGGCCCUGAGAAGAAAACUGUGCAGACCUAACUGCCCUCACAGGAGAUGUGUGCCCCUCCACUCGAGAGUGCCCUUCCCAUGA